AUGGGUGCUCUCACAGCCAUCACGACGGCCGGCCAGUCCAUCAUGGCACAAGCCUUGCCGGCAAUGAUGAAUGCGUCCAACCCCAUGGCCGCCAUGAAAUCUGCGGCGGGAGCCCUUGCGCAGGCCGGCAAGAACGGAGCCCUGAAUGCGCCCGGCGCGCCUGUCAUGGCGAAAGCGCUUCUCGACCCGGCCAUCCCGGACCAGACGCCGACCUUGCAGUUCCCGGACCAGACGCCGGAUACGGAUCCCGCAUACGUUGCUGCGCCGCUCCUGUCGCCCUUCAUGACGUCUCUCCAAGCGUAUCUCACGUCUGGUCCCAACCAGGGCCCCGACUGGAGCAAGUUCAGGGACCAGGCCAAGAAGACGGACGUCGCCACCGGCUCGGAAACCACGACCGAAGGCCUCACCUGGCUACUGAGAAACCUGCGGAUGCAGCAAAGCUCAGCCAAGCUCGGCAAGGGAGAGCCCAGCACCGAGCUGGGGGCCGCAUUCGACGCUAGCAUCGCCGUGGUCGAGGAGAUCAAGAAGGAAAUCUCCAAGCAGCAGUCCCUCAGCUCCAACAAGACGGACCCCGCCAUCAUCAAAAAGUGGCAGGACGAGGUCACAAAGGCCAAGCUGGUCGUGACCAAGCUGGAGACGGCGGCCAAGUCCUUCCCAGGCGCAUCGGCAAACACGCCCAAGCUGCAAAACAUCAAGAUGGACAUUCCAAAGACGGAAAACAACGCCGCCAACUACACCAAGGCGGUCGAGGCGGCGGCCGAGGUGCAGAAUCGGCUGACGGGCAUCCAGACCAAGCUCAAGGGGCUGGAGAUUGCCGGGGCGGCCCUGGAGCGCGUCAAGGAGAUUCUUAUCGAGUGCAUCGCCAUCCUGGUCGAGCUUAAGGUGCAGAUUAGCAAGCUGACGACGUUCUUCAGCGCCCUGUCCACCAUGGUCAAGGUGGUCAUUGACACCAAGGUCAAGAACUUUAAGGUCGAUGCCGCGGCCAUUGGCGACGAGGCCGCCAGCAGGGGCAAGCUGACGCUCAACAACCUCGACAUUGAGACCAUUUACAUGUCCACGCUGCAGUACAUCAACCCCGGGCUGGACCUGCUCACCGAACUGAGCAAGGUGACCAAGACGGCGGAUGAGAUUGCCCCCAAGCGCGAGGCACUGAACAAAUUUACAGACGAGGCGCACAAGGCCAUCAACAAGCUGGGUGCUGAUAAACAACGAGAAAUCUCGGACGGCUUGCAAAGCGAGCUUGCAGCGCGCCGGCUUAAUUAG